AAGUGUGAAGAGCAAAUUGCGAAAAUUCAUCAUGAAAGGUAUUUGGAAUUAUUUUUGUUUAAUUUUUUUAAUAUGGAUUGUUGAAAUAAAAAUGGAUACAUUUGAAGUAUUAACUGUUCCCUAUGAGCAAUUAUUCCCCAAGGGUUAUCAAGGAGGUGGAAAUAGGCAUAAUCAUAAUAAUAUGCCAAGAUAUCCAAAUUAUCCAAAUUAUCCGAACUAUCCAAAUUAUCCAAAAUAUCCUCAACGACGUCCAAAUACAAAUACAGAUUGGGUGUGUCGUAAUCCAUCAAGUGGCGAUAUGCUAAUUAUUAGUAGUGAAAAUUUUAAUUUUGGAAAUAAUAAUCAACUACCAAAUGUGAAUCCACAACAACCAACAACACCGCAUGUAAAAAAUCCUACUAAUCCAUUUCUUCCUGAUUCGCCAACAACUCAAUCGCCACCAUUGCCGGUAAAUUGUAAUAAUUAUCCAAAACAUCCAAUGUGUGGGGAGGUUAUUGUCUUGCCUGAGACAACAACUGCUCAAACACCAGAAACAACACCAAAUUACAAUGGUGAGGGAAAAAUCGAUAUAAGAAUAAGACAAGGAGAUGGAAUUAAUAAACCUACAGAGGAUGAUCGACUAAUAUUUUCCGAUUAAUGUUAAAAAAAAAAAAAUUUUUUUUUAAACAAAUUAAUUUUUAUAGUUGUCGAUUAUUUUUUUUGUUAGUUGUGAUCUUUGUAAAAUAUGUAAAAAUAGUUUUAAUUUUUUCUUGUCAAUUUAAUCCUUUUUUUUGGCAAAAAAAGACUUUUAGAGAGAAAUUGCAUGUGUAUGUAGUUUAACAAUUAGUUAAUAAAAAAUUACUAAUUUAA